AGACUGAUUAUUUUAUGUACGGUUUUUUAUGUACGGUUUUACCAUCAUUAAGGUCACCGUGUGCACCACCUCCCUGUGGCAUGUCCAACAAAUUCACCGUUUAUAUCAGCCACUCAGCAACGUUUUCAUUUCUGUUUAAAAAUGAAAUAACUCAUUGAUUGGCCAACUUUAUUUAAAGUAAUUUCAAGCUCAAAUUCCAAACCAAAAAGCUGCUAAUUUACAAAAAAAAUUGGAAAAAAUAAAUAAAUAAAUAAAUAAAUACAUACAUACAUACAUACAUACAUACAUACAAUUAUUGCUUAAAAUGUUUGUAAAUGAAAUAGUUUUAUAAUACUGUCUAGAAGCAUUUUGAAAACAGAUUUUUACGAAUGCAGUAUCUAGUUUUUAACACAAUGCAGAAAUGUCCCAAAAUCUGCAAGUGCAAGAAGUCAGUACGCAAUCAGAGGGAAUUCAGGUCUCAACUGCCACAAAGUGCAGGAUGUGCAUAAUGAGUAGUCUUCAAACUCUUUAACAUGGUAAGUGCGGUUUAGGACGUGGCCCGAAUGUGUGUCUCGUAUCCUUCAUAGCUUCGUGAAAGAAUGAAACGCCUCAGUUGCUGUGCUAAAAACACAGCGUAGAAGAUCCAGAUCCAGAGAUCCAGAGAUCCAGAGUUUGGUGACUUCUGACCUGCUCGAUGGUCUCCACGUUAUAUAACGAAUCAAUCUGGUCCAUCGUGAAACAUAACCGUUUAGGGGUGAUUUUUGAGAACGGGGGUUUGGGCACUCCUUUGGAAACGCUAACGAAUAAAGCCGUUCGAAUGCUAUUCCACAUUCGCUCGUUCUGUCGACUCUGUGUUUUGUUUUGCUGCCCUGCUUUUCUUGUUUCAAGUUCUUGCCUUAGAUCAUGCAGAGAACACUUGCAACAAACACUGACUAUCCAAACACGGGUACAAGUGCAUCCCGAACAUGUGCCAAAAGCCAUCUGCUCUCUGCAUACCAGAGAUAUGAUGCAAACAUCCUUUAUCCUGUAGGAAAUACCCAGUAAUACCAUAGUACUUCCUGUAUGUGUUUUACACAUUCCCUUCGGAGUUGUUCUGCCACUUCGAUUGUCAUCUGUCUCACUCAUUCACUCUCUGCCACUCAUCUUCUUUCUCUGCUGUCUCUAAUCGUCUUCUCUCCAUCUCACUGUCUUUCUGUCUUCCGAGACCUUGAGAGGAACCAGACUCGAACGGAAUCCCGUCCUCAUCUGGGUGACGCAGGAUCGUGUGAUUUUUAUAAAUAAUUUCUCUUCUAUAACUGUAACUGUGGAGUCAAGUAGUGCUAAGUGUGUUGAAGGGAACUUUAGUAUGAGCAUCACAAGGGCAGUGGUAGCUCAGUGGUUAAGGUGUAGGACUACUGCUCUGAAGGUCGUGAGUUCAAACCCCAGCACCACCAAACUGCCACUGUUGGGCCCUUGAGCAAGGCCCUUAACCCUCAACUGCUACAUUUUUAUGUAUGUAUGUUUAUAAAUGAAAUAAAAAUGUAAGUCGCUCUGGAUAAGAGCGUCUGCCAAAUGCUGUAAAAAAGCGUGUGAGUGAGGUUGAGGUCAGGCGCUGAUGUUGAUGUGAUUAGGCUCCAGUUCAUCCCAAAGGUGUUCAGUGGGGUUGAGGUCAGGGCUCUGUGCAGGACACUCGAGUUCUUCUACCUUCUUCCAACCUUCACACACCACGUCUUCAUGGUGCUCGCUUUGUGCACAGCGGCAUCGUCAUGCUGGAACAGUGUUUGGGCCUCUGAGUUGAGUGAAGAGGAAUUCUUAAUGCUGUAUCAUACAAAUACAUUCUACACAGUUGUGUGCUACAAACUUUGUCGAAACAGUUCAAAGAAGCACACGUACGGUGUGAAGGUCGGGUGUCCACAUACUUUUGGCCGUAUAAAGUAACGGCACAUUUUCGUUUUGAGAACACUUUUAUCUGUACUUUUACUUUAAAAACCAUGUAGAAAGGUUGAGCUGAGAAUAAAGGAUGCGUUUGUUGAACCCCAAAGUCGGUAGUAAGUUACAUGCUGUGAGACAAAAGAAGAAAUGAGGAAUUGUAUGUUAAACUCUCGCUGGCAAAACAUGUGAGGAAGCGCUUGGACAGCUGUGAAAGAAGGAAAGAUUCAGGAUGGUCUGCUGAGCUUCCCAUGAUUUAUGACGGUUGCUGUGCUUUAGCUACCCAGAUGUCCGAUUCAGACGGUGAAAUUCCAGGAAGCAUGCGCACUCACCAUCCACUUUAUUAGGAACACCUGCACACCUGGAUAUUCAUGCAGUUAUCUAAUCAGCCAAUCAGGUGGCAGCAGCACAGUGCAUAAAAUCAUGCAGAUGCACGUCAAGAACUUCAGAGAGUGCUGUUGGAGCAGAAGCAGCGGCGAAAGCGACAGGAGCCGUUGAUGGUGCAGCCGAACCCGGAAGCUCGUCCACGCCGCUCUCGGCCACGCCGCAGUGAGGAACAGGCUCUGCUUGUCGACUCCCGCCUCAGCAUCACCAAUGAUGUCAUCUUUGAUGCAGGUAUUGAUGGACCUGCAGCUUUUUUAGGUCCAGAGGCUUCUGAACUGGGCACAAAGGUCCAAGUGCAGACGGUCAGCCCGCCCCAGAGUCUCUCUCCCCCUCUACCUGAGGAGCCUGAGAGAGACGGAGACACUGAAACAUUGCUGGAACCCAAAACGGACAUACACACACUGCUGCAAAGACGGGGACUCUCAGACAGCAUGAACUACGAUGAAGUCAGCGACGAUGAUAAUGAUGAUGAAGACGGAGCCGGUUCUCUUUCCCCUAAUACAGAGUCCACACGUCCUGCCUCCGCAUCUAGUACCAAGUCCAGCACAGAGUGUGUGACUGUGGCCUCACCCACGGCAGAAGGCCCCUCCAUUGAGGUGGACAAUCUGGAGGAGUUUGUGCUGCGACCGGCCCCACGUGGCGUUCCAGUAAAGUGCCGUAUCACACGUGAUAAGAAGGGAAUGGACCGUGGCCUAUAUCCCACCUACUUCAUGCACCUGGAGAGAGAGGAUGGCAAGAAGUUGUUCCUAUUGGCUGGUAGAAAGAGGAAAAAGAGCAAGACCUCCAACUAUCUGAUCUCAGUAGAUGCCACAGAUCUGUCUCGCGAGGCCGAAAGCUUCGUGGGAAAACUGAGAUCGAAUCUGAUGGGGACGAAGUUCACUGUGUAUGACAACGGCACAAACCCCAGCAAGAACUCUGGAGCUCUGCUGGAAGAGAGCAGCACACGGCAGGAACUAGCAGCUAUCUGCUACGAAACCAACGUACUCGGAUUUAAAGGCCCGCGCAAGAUGACCGUCGUCAUCCCUGGCAUGAACAUGAACUUCGAGCGUGUUCCCGUUCGUCCCACGAACGAUCAGGAGUCGUUGUUGAGUAAAUGGCAAAAUCGCUCACUGGAGAACCUGAUCGAGUUGCACAAUAAAGCUCCGGUGUGGAACGACGAUACGCAGUCCUACGUGCUCAACUUCCACGGGAGGGUCACACAGGCUUCGGUCAAAAACUUUCAGAUCGUCCAUGAUAACGAUCCGGACUACAUCGUUAUGCAGUUUGGUCGUGUUGCUGAGGAUGUGUUCACGUUGGACUACAACUACCCCAUGUGUGCACUGCAAGCCUUCGCCAUCGGCCUGUCCAGUUUCGACAGCAAACUGGCCUGCGAGUGAUCCGUGCUGUCUGUAACUUCACACUCUUCCCUCGAUCCGUUCAUUCCAUUUAUUCCACAGCAGGGACGGGUUUUUCUCCUAUAUUUUUUGGUCUCUCCUCUCUAUAACUACCGCGCCCCUUCCUGUCUAGUCGUACUUUUAUGCGCGAGCUCUGCUUACGAUGAAGGAACCCGCCUUAACGACAAGAUUUUUUUUUUCAAGGAGAGAAAUGAAAAGUAAAAGUAAUCUAUCGAGUAAAACUGCAGCAUUUGUACGGAAUAUGGUGGAGUUCUGUAGUAACGUCCUUGCAUACUCCACUGCUGAGACAAAAUAGUAUUUUCUUAAAUUCCAUUCGAUUUUUAUUCCUCUCGUUAAGAUCAUUUAAAAGAAUGCAGUAUGUAAUUAGGAAGCCAUCAUGCCACUUUGUUAGAAAAAGAAAGAAGAGAGAGAAUAUUUUUAAUUACGGGAAAGCGAUCAUAUGUAUACGACGAGUGUACACGCUGAAUGUGUUCUUUUGUGCUAAUGUGUGUCACGUCAGCUCUGUUGGCUAUAAAAGAUGCAGUUUACAUUCGACCAAUGGCAAAGGGACAGUUCUCGCCACGCUCGCCAGUGUGAAUAGCGCUUUGGUGUUUGUUACGCUUUGAUUGGUCUUGUACAGCUCUUAAAUGGUCUGUUUUUAAACUCGGAUUUUAAAAAUGCGUUUUUUUUUUCUUUUCAGGAGCACGAGUAGGGUACAACCCCCCAAAUUACAAGAUCUUCAUUACUACCAAAGUUCUUGUGUAAAUACUAGGAGGAACGAUUUAGGAAUAAAUCUUUCCGUGUCCGGCUUGUUAAAUGACGCCCAGUAUCUGUAUUUCUCAGUGUCUGUGUGUCAUUCUAAGGUAUAAGAGAUCGUGGUCGCACAGAACAGCAGUGUUCUGAGCCACAAACAAACAGGAAUGGAAAUUCAUUUUAAUCAGUAUGGCAAGGUAACCGUCAUACCAAUCAUACACCGUGGCUAACCGUGACACUGUGACAUCCUUGCUCAAAACGCUGUGGUCCAAAUUGUGAAAGUCUCGAUAAUCACCUAGAUCAGUUGGCUGAGGUGGCAAAAUCUGCAGGGCAUUUGGUCCUCCACAUCUGUAAUUAAGAGUUAGGCGUCAGACUGCAGUCCUGUUUGAAAAUGACGUCUAAUUGAACUAUUCAGUUAAUUGCAAAAGCCAAUAGAGGCUGAAUUUGGUGCGGUAGAAAGAGAGAGACAAAUCUCUGCAGCGUCGUGACCCUCCAGGAGCAUGUUUGAUACUCCUGCUUUUAAUGCUUUUGUGUGCCUUGUUGUUUAAUAUUUGUAAAAUGCAAUGAAACGAUCCCCCCCCCCGCUUAAAAUGGAAACACGAAUGAGAAGAAUGUUCUGGUAAUCGUGAUCUGUGAAUGGAGUCCUAAUAUGUUACACGUGAAGCACAUCUAUCCCCUGUACGGUUAGGGAACAACUCCUAGGAGCCGUUCAGGAAAAUAGAUUUUAAGAAUCAUCGUAAUCAAACGAGCUGAUUGUAGCUUUAGCUGACAAAUCCAGAGGUACACGAAUCGACUCAGGAUUUAAGAUUGAGUUUGGGACUUUGUUCUGGAACAGACCCUGGUAAUUCUGGCUUGUGUGUGUUUACUGUAUGUAGUGUGUGUGUGUGUGUGUGUGUGUGUGUGUGUGUGUGUGUGUGUGUGUGUGUGUGCGUGCGUGCUUGUGCAAUGAAACGGCCAACAGUUUAAUGGAACUAUCGCAAAGCCUAUAUUUUCCAUUUUAACAUUUUGGUGUGGAGGAAUAUUUGCAGAAAUUCUAUUUUACUUACGAUGUGUUCGAGGGACUCAUUUUUGACAAUUUGAGAUCAUGUAAUUUUCAGAAAGUGUAUUAUAUGCUGACUUGUACAUAGGGCUGUAAAUAAAAUGUCAGUGAAACAAC